GGCCUAAGGCAGCUUGACCAGAUUCUUGAUAUAAACAAGAUUUCUUUGGUUUAUCUGAUCAAUUUCAAGAACUCAGACAACAAAAAUGAGAACCAAAUGCAUCCAUCUAUUUCCACUGCUCCGUCUCCUCUUCUUCUGCAACAUCGCACAAGCCCAGCCAAGCACCAUAGGGUACAACUGCACAGCAGCCAACCAGACCUCCAAUUCUUGCCAAACCUAUGUCUUCUACAGACCCACCCCUCCUGAUUACCUUGAUUUAGCCUCAAUUGGCGAUCUUUUCUCUGUCAGCCGUCUGAUGAUCUCCAAUCCCAGCAACAUCUCAUCCCCCUCGUCCCCUCUCCUCCCUGAUCAACCCCUCUUCAUCCCCAUCAAAUGCUCCUGCACCGCCGUCAACAGCAGCAUCACCAUCUCCUACGCCGCCCUGAACUACACCAUCAAGAGCGGCGACACUUUCUACAGAGUCUCCACCUUAAAUUUCCAGAACCUCACGACCUAUCAGUCCGUCGAAGUCGUCAACCCCACUUUCGAACCGACACGUCUCGACGUCGGCGACGUUAUCGUCUUCCCCAUCUUCUGCAAAUGUCCGGACCCGUCCCAGCUGCGAAACCAGGUCAAUUAUCUCAUCAGCUACGUGUUUCAGCCGUCUGACAACAUUACUGAUGUUGCAUCAAGGUUUGGGUCGACGGAAGCGGGCAUUACUGCAGUAAACGGCGAUAGGAUUCAGCCUUUCGACACGGUCUUCGUGCCCGUCUCAAGACUGCCGAACCUCACGCAGCCUGUAGUCCCGCCCGCCGCUCCUGAGACGACAACUGACAGGAAAGGCGCCGUGAUAGGGUUGGGAGUGGGGUUAGGAGUGUGCGGGGUGCUGCUGAUCCUGGUCUGCGGGGCAUGGUGGUAUAGAGAGGGAUUGAUGAAGGGAAGAGGGAGGGAUGGAGAGAAGCAGCAGCAGGUGAAGAUGGGGAAUGGGAUGAUGAAGGGUGAGCAGGUGAAUCUGAUGGCUGAUGUUUCAGAUUGUUUGGAUAAGUAUAGAGUGUUUGGGAUGGAGGAGCUGAGAGGUGCAACUGACGGAUUUGAUGAGAAGUGGAUAAUUCAAGGGUCUGUGUACAAAGGAUGUAUUAAUGGAGAAUGGUAUGCCAUCAAGAAAAUGAAGUGGAAUGCCUAUGAGGAAUUGAAGAUCUUACAAAAGGUCAACCAUGGGAACUUAGUGAGGCUGGAGGGCUUCUGCAUAGACCCUGAAGAAGCCAACUGCUACCUAGUCUACGAAUACGUCGAAAACGGCUCCCUUUCCUCAUGGCUCCACGAAGCCCGGCCCGAAAAGCUGAGCUGGAAAACAAGGCUAAGAAUCGCCAUAGACGUUGCAAACGGGCUCCAAUACAUCCACGAGCACACGAGGCCUAAGGUUGUCCACAAGGACAUCAAGAGCAGCAACAUCCUCCUCGACUCCAACAUGCGGGCCAAGAUUGCCAACUUCGGGCUCGCAAGAUCCGGCUGCAAUGCCAUAACCAUGCACAUUGUGGGCACACAGGGCUACAUUGCCCCUGAGUACCUCGCUGAUGGCGUUGUCUCCACGAAAAUGGACGUUUUCUCAUUCGGGGUCGUGCUGCUCGAGCUCGUUUCAGGCCGGGAGGCCAUCGAUGAACGAGGGAACGUGCUGUGGGCGAGCGCCGACAGGGUUUUGGUCGACGGAAAACAACUGACGAAGUUGAGGGAGUGGAUGGACGAAUCCCUCCUGAAGGAAUCGUGCACGAUGGAGAGCGUAUCGAGCGUGGUUUCGGUUGCUCUUGCUUGUCUGAAUAAGGAUCCUGCAAGGAGGCCUAGCAUGGUGGAAAUUGUGUAUGCAUUGUCUAAGAGUGAUGACUUUUUCUUCGAUGUCUCCGAGGAUGGGUUUUCUCCUAGGCAAGUUGUUGCGAGGUAGGUUUGAUAUGUUGUUUUAGGGAGUAGUUGCAGUAAUGUGGUUUCAUGAUAUAUAUAUGGCAUAUAUAUAUAUGAUGUUUGGAGGUUUGUACGUAAGUUUUCGUAGUAUUGCUUUAUGUUUUUGUUGUAUAGCAAGAAUGUUCUUGCAACGGAGUUUAUAUGUAUUUACAUCGAGGUUUAUGUAAGGAAUUAUUUCUCCAAA